CCACUGCACUCUCUCUCUCUCUCUCUCUCUCUCUCUGUAUAAAUUCCUGCUCCCGGAUAUUUCUUCAAUCAAAGCUCUCUUGAAAAGCACCAAACCCACCGAAACAUGAGAGUUUCGUCGUACACCAUGUCGCUGGUCCCGAGUUUCUUCAGCGGGCGCGGGGGCAGCGUCUUCGAGCCUUUCUCCCUCGACAUGUGGGACCCCUUCGAGGGCUUCGGCGUCGCCGCCGUCCAGCCCUCCGGCGGGGACCGGGAGGCCACGGCCAUGGCGAACGCGCGGAUGGACUGGAAGGAGACGCCGGAGUCGCACGUGUUCAAGGUGGACCUGCCGGGGCUGAAGAAGGAGGAGGUGAAGGUGGAGGUGGAGGACGGGAGGGUGCUGCAGAUCAGCGGGGAGAGGCGCAGGGAGCAGGAGGAGAAGGCGGACAAGUGGCACCGCGUGGAGCGGAGCAGCGGGCGGUUCGCGCGGCGGUUCAGGCUGCCGGAGAACGUGAAGCUGGACGGAGUGCGGGCCAACAUGGAGAACGGGGUGCUCACGGUGGUCGUUCCCAAGGCGGAGGAGAGGAAGCCCGAGGUCAAGGCCAUCGACAUCGCCGGCGGGGAGCCGGAGAGAGAGAGAGAGAGAGAGGGGGGUGUGUAAGCUGACGGAGGAGGUCUGAAAUGAGAAGAGAAGGGAAGAGACGAUGGCUGGUGAUUUUGCUGGUAAAUAAGGUCAACGUCAAAGUUGUGUUUUCUGGUUUGUUUGUUCCUUGUUUUUUCUUUGGCCGGGGUUAUGGUAUGGAAGACGAAAAUGGUACGUGUACGUGUGAUCCUAUGCUGGUAAUAUACGCAGUUUUCUACAAA